AUGCAUUCUAACGGACUUUUGCAGCUGGCGCAAGGAAURGAACAGAAGUCAACCCUAGUGGAAGAUGCAAUGGGUUGUGUCUUUUCUUGCACCAGUACAGAUUGGUGUCGUUCGAUGAAUUUCAAAACCACACCUCUUGAAAACGGUCUUCACGUGUGUGAGCUUCUCUCUUCUGAUCGGUUCACAAAUGGCACAAUUCACGGUGGAUGGAGCAGUUUCUCUGCCUGGUCAGCUUGCAGCAAGACUUGUGGCGGUGGKUCACARACAAGAACUCGUACWUGUACCAACCCUGCACCUGCCUAYGGUGGAAAUAGCUGCUCUGGAUCCUCGMAGGAAAGUGCUCAAUGUAACACUGCGUCAUGUCCAGCUUCGAGUUGCAGCAAUCCUGUCGCUCUUGGUAUGGAAAGUAAGGAAAUCGCUGACGCCCAGAUCACUGCGAUAAACUACCUUUUACAGUACUAUCCCUACACAGCAAGGUUGAAUAAAAUAAAAGGAUGGGCACCGAMUAGCAACAAAGUCAACAACUGGGUACAAGUCGAUUUGCUCAAAGUUUCUAUUAUAACAGGCAUUGCAACCCAAGGCAGAUCAGAUAAUUCCAAUCACAUCAAGACCUAUUCCGUGUCAUAUAGCAAUGAUGGAAGCAGCUUCACAAACUACGAGGGAGGAAAAGUAUUUACUGGUAACACUAACAACCAUGUAGCUGUUCAAAAUAACUUUAAUCCUGUCAUUAACGCCAGAUACUUCAGAAUUAUCAUUAAAACGUGGAACGGUUACCAACAGUUAAGAAUGGAGUUGUAUGGCUGUAAAUGAGAGCCAAUAUCGCGGUGCUACUAGGGAUCGUCAAAUAUAUACACACUAAGCACCCCUCCUUAUUUUUUGUAUUUGGAGUCUCUACACAUUGUACUAAUAUGAUCUGUAAUUCAUUGGCCCACCUCGAUUAGUUUCUUUUCUAUUUGUAGGACAUUGAAAUCAUGAGCUCCUUUAAAUAUAAUACAGUAAUAAAAAUUGACUUUG